AUGGAAGUAGCAGUAAGAAGAUAUUUUGAAUUAGAACACGACAUCAUUAUACCAAAAGCAUCUAUAAAAUCCAUACCACUUCGAUGGGAAGGAAAAGUCAUGGAGCGUGUUGACAAGUUUUAUGAACAAAUAACCUCAUCAUCAGAACACCAUGGCGAUAGCGAUGGUGAUAACAGCUGGAAAGACGCCAUUAAAAACGCAGAUAUUGUUUUAUGGGCUACGCAUUCUCAGGGUGCUCCCGUAUCUGCUCUAUUAAUAAAGCGGUUAUUGAGUGAGGGAAUUCUGCAAACACAAAAACAGCAUAUUUGUAUGUUGGCGAUGGCAGGUAUCUCGCAUGGUCCUUUUCCCUCAUUGAAAGAUCAUUUAUUUUACUUCGAAGCAGAUGCAGCAAGAGAGCUAUUUGAGUUCAUGGAUUCGGAAUGCACUAUUUCAAUUCAAUAUAGAGACUCCAUGGUAUUUCUCUUGCAAGAACAGGUGAAGGUAGUAUUUGUAGGCUCUAUGGAUGAUCAAGUGGUUCCACUUUAUUCAGCCAUUAUGUCAGGUAUCAGCCAUCCCAACAUUCUCCGUGCCAUUUUUAUUGACGGUCAACUUUACUCUGAGAAUGAUUUCCUUAUCCGUCUCAUUACAUUUGCCAUUCGAUUACUGAAUGCCGGCCUAUCCGAUCACGGUUUUUUGACUCACAUCAGUGAAGUACUCGCUGGCAACUUCUACGCUUGGAAUGGAGGUCACUCGACUUUAUACGAAGAGACCGAUGUAUUUAUGCUACCGAUGGAUUUUUUGUUUAAAACUAGCCCGCUAGGACCCUUCCGCAUAAAAAGUGUCGUUCAACAGUUGCAAGAAAAGACAUUUCAGGGAGUAAAAGCACGUUUGAAUCCGUUUCAAGCAAAGCAUAACCUAAAUCCGUUCUAUCUUCCUUGGACUUUGCGAGGUAUAUGGGAUGACCCACAAAUUUUGGAGAAUGAGGAACUGAAUCGAGAAUUGAAGUCAAUACAGAGCUUAUUUGAGCAGUGGAGUCCGACCACUGCAAGAUUAAAAGGAAUAAAGUUUCGCUUGGAGCCUCUAAGAGCAAGGCUUUAA